GUGGCAGUAGUGAUCUACGAAUCUGUUCCUCGACCUGUUUAUAGGAGAAGAAAUAUAUAGUGCGUCAUAUCCCUUCAAACAGAGCCGCGCUAUGGCUAUGAGCGAACAGAAAUGGAUACAGACGUUAACUCGAUUUCAGGCUCAAUGUCGUGGUUCUGUGAUGAGGAAAGGUCUGAGUUUGGUUCAGACUCAGUUUGAAGAGAUAGUGCAAGAGAUUGAUGGAGGAUUGGAUCACCUGCAGUGGAGAGGAAACAUCAUUCCCAAACCUCACUUCACUGACACUGAAAGCCUAUUGCUGCAGUAUGAACGGUCCAGGUUUCGGUCCCAUGACCUUCUGGAUGAUUCAGGGAGGGAACAGAAGACAGAGAAUGAUGGCAGUGAGAAAUCUCUCCUACAGUCUGAAAUCCAGGUCCCAGAGAAAGACGAAGCUACUGAAAAAGCCAGCAGAGACACUUCCACAUCUGUGGAGAGAGGAGACAAUGUGGUCAUAAGAAACCUGAUGGAUGAUUCUACUGCACUGUGCAGUAUCGUGAAUUCAGAUGUCAGCCUCAGUGGCUUAUUUCAGACAGGACCAAAUUUGCAUUCAGUUUUUAAAGAGACUGCACAUACUCCUGACUCUCUGAAGCAGCAGAGGAGCACUUUAGCCAUGGAGUUGCUGUGGAUCCAACAAGCCAUCAGUAGCAGAAAGAAAUUUUGGUUGAUGGCGUCCACUGGUGUCACUAGUCACCUGCCUCCAGUCAAGAGAGUGAAGGUCUACAGAAAUGGAGACCCCUUCUUUUCAGGAAGGAGAUUUGUGGUAAACCAGAGGCAACUCACCAACAUUGAUGCGUUUCUUAAUGACAUCACUCUCAGUAUCGGAGCUCCAUUAGCUGUUCGAACUCUCUAUACACCACGCUUUGGUCAUCGGGUCGCUGACCUUAGUGACCUACAGCAAGGGGCACAGUAUGUGGCCGCAGGGUUUGAACGCUUUAAGAAGCUAGAUUACCUGACUGCUGGACAGAAGAAAGGUCCACUGUGCAGAGUUAUGUAUCCAGCCCAGGAUAAACCACUUGUCAGGCCUAAUGUGUCUGCAAAAUGGAGGAAGACCAUCACUCUGCCCUUCAUCAUACAUGUAUUCCGGAAUGGAGACAUCCUCAGUCCUGCCCUGCGCCUGAUCAUUCACCGCCACAUGCAGAAAAAUCUAGAGCAGAUUCUGAGGCUCAUUUCUGAAAAAGCCAUGCUUCGCACAGGAGCCGUGCGCAGGCUUUGCACUCUGGAGGGUUUCACAGUGACCUCCACAGAGGAGCUGGAGAGCGGGCAAAGCUAUGUAGCUGUGGGAACAGAGAGGUUCAAGAAACUUCCAUAUGUAGAGAUACUGAUGAAUAAAGCAACAGGCAACAGUUGGAAUAGACAAUAUUAUGCAGGUGACAGAGGAUUACAGAGAAGAAUUGAGAGUAAAAAGAUGUUUCCUCAGGACAGCCAGAGUGACUCCACCCUCAUGAAUUCACCUGAGAGGGAAGGCAGGCGUGUGAAGUCCACAGGAGAUGAAUUGGAGCGAGAGAGCUCCCCUCAGCCGGUUAAAAGGAGAGGAAGGAGAGGAGAAAGAGAAGAGAACUCUGUUUUCUAUGCCAGACCAGUGAGAGUCCGCAGACACCCUCCCACAGACAGACCCCUUCCUAGAGCCGCAAUAGGUGAGCCCAGUGUGUUUAAGGCCUCUGAGAGCAGGAUGAGGGAGGAGGUUCGAGGUGCUGAGGAGGUCGCAGAGGAUGAAAACACAGCUGUAGAGCUUCACAUUGACCUGAGAGAAGCAGAAGUUGUAGAGGAUGAGGAGCUUCUUGAAAGGGAUCCGUUUGAUACAACCCAUAUAAAUCACAGGGAUUCAGCUGAACUGCACAGGCCAUCAUCUGAUCUCUCCAGUGAGAAAGAGUUCAUAGUGUCUGAGAGGGAGACAUGGGACGACACGUCAGCUCCACAGAGAGAAGCACAGCAGGGAUACACGUCCAGCAAAGAGUCUCAGCAUGAUACAAACAAACAAGAUGCUGAGUCAUCCUCAAGGCAUUCCAGAUCUUCAUCACCCAAAGUCUCUAAACAUUCUCAAGUAACACAGCAAGAACCUGUCAGUUUAUAAGUUUUAAAAACAAUAUAGUUAAUGCAUUUAAUCAUACAUGCAAAUGGUGCGGUAGUGUUUUGAAAUUUAUUUUGCCUUGUAUAGUGUCAUUUAAACUAAAGGCCUGAUGUAAUGGUACGCUCUAAAAAAAAAAUUUACUAAACUGUCACCGUUCUGGUACCUUUUUAAACAGCACUAAAUAUGUUCCAUUUAGGGGGUAUAGAUAAUUAUACAUAGAUCUUUUUUGUACUGCCUCAGUGAUGGAACUAUUACAAAUAGUAAAAUUAAAUGUGGGAGACUUACAUAUUUAGUUAUUAUUAACAUUAAUAAAAGUGUAAAUAUUAACCAUCUAAACACAAUGGGUCUCAUUCAUGAAACACGAGCAGAACGAAUUUUUGUGUAAAUCGCGUAUAAAGUGGUUUUGGCGUAAAUUUUCGGAUUCAUUAAAACGUUCGUAUUUUCCAAAUGUUAGUUGGUACGAAAGAAAUCUACACCUGCUCCCAGCCACGCGUAAAUAGUGCGUUUAACGUCUGAACGUUUUGCUCAUUAAUACGGCUGCAUUUUAAUUCACCUUAAUCGGGUACAUAUUUACACAGCAUUUUGAAAAAAAAUAUUAUAUAUAUUAAUUACAUACGGUUUUUCUUUUAACUUUUAUUAUGAGAGCCAGUAAUAGGAUCUGUAAUAUGCUUCCAAACUUCCUUUUUUAGGACCUCAUACGCCACUAGUACGCUUGAAAAUUAAAUGUGGCGUUUUGAAUGAACUUCUGAUAAUAAAACUUCAAUUUCUGCAGCUGAGAAAUGUUUCUUUUUCAGUCGCUUUUGAGAAGACAUGUUGAAAUCCUUCGUUUGGUGUCAUAAUAUGAUGCUCAUAUAUAGUUGUCAGUCGGAUUUAAUGGGCGUGAUUUAUGGUAAUUGAGCGUGAGCGUGCACGCGCGUCCCAUUUACGACUGAUUGGAAUUCAUUAACACACACACACAUUUCACUAUCACAUCUGACGUUUACGAAGUUUUUGUGAAUCAGGAGAAGAGUUUUCGUGUAGUUCUCUUUACGCGCAAAUCACUCAGAUAUUUACUCGUAUAUUUACGAAUGUUUCAUGAAUGAGACCCAUUGUGUGUUGCUCUGUGUGUAUGUGUGUGUGUGUGUGUCAGGGUCACCGUGAUUUUGCCAAGUAAGACAUAUUCCUGGAUCAACACCUUUUGAUGAUCCUGGAUCAACAUUAUUGUCCAAAAAUAUAGGCUUAACCCAAUCCCUACCCCUAAACCUAACCCUACCCAUAAUUUAUUCCUUAAAUCAGUUGUAAAUGAUAGCUGAUUAACAAGGGCGUAGAAGCACCUAACUCUGAUUUUAAGCCUAAAACAGAUAUUUCCUGAAAAGUUCUAUCUCAAUUCUGAUUGGUUGAUUGGAAUGUUGAUCCAGGAUCAUGUGUUACUUGGUGAAAUCAUGCUCACCUGUGAGUCAGACUGGGGGUUCCCAUGAGGAACAGACAGACAGGGAUACUGAGUGACCUCUCCAGGCAGAAGAUGAUGCAGGAGACAGAGACACACCCACACACAUUCUCUGAAAAUGGAGUUCACUAUGAAAUUGCUAUAAUUUUGUUGAAUGAAUAGCAUUUAAAAUAAUGUACCCUUGAAAAGUAACAGUGAUCUUACAGCAUGCAGAGAUUCACUGAGAAGUGUUUUUAUUUUUUUAUUUCUUCUGUUUAACAUAAGACCUCUGAAUGUAAAAGACAUUUAAAAUAAAUGUAUUUAAACACUGGG